UGCCAAAGGAGCUUGACGAAUAGGGAUAGCCCAGCGAUACGUUAUAGAUCUAUCGAGUCUUAAUAUAUCUCUAGAUCUAGAAUAAGUUUAGAAUUCGAAAUCUGUUAGGUUUAGUAAUUAACUGUGAUCAAGCUCCUCGAUUUUAAAAAAUGCUUUAAUAAGAAUUUGGGACUAAACUUCAAGGGCAUGCUUGAGAAGCAAUCGAGUGCUCAGUGUGUAGUUUUAUUAGUUUUAGAAUGUGUGAAAGCUUGAGGAUUGUGUUCGCUCUUUGCAGAGUCGGAUUGUAUGCUCUCUACAGGCGAUUGUGCUGUAAAGGACCAUCACCUACCAGGCCCAAUUUUACUGUCCUGUGUAUAGGCUUAGAGAAUGCUGGGAAGAGCUCAAUCUUAGCAACUCUUAGUGGCGAUGACCUACAUAAGAUUGAGCCAACUAUUGGAUUCAGCAUUAAAGCUAUUCUUUUUGAAGAUUGUAUUUUGGAUGUGAAAGAGCUUGGAGGUGGAGAUAAAGUUCGUCCUUACUGGGAAAGAUAUUACCAAGUUUUUCAAGGCAUUAUCUUUGUGAUAGACAGCAGCUCUUCUGAAGAACUUUUACAGACUGCCAAAUCUGAACUCCAUAAUGCUGCCAGGCACCAUCAGCUCAAGUCACUACCACUUUUAAUUCUGGCUACAUUUCAGGAUGUCAAAGGUGCUAGAACUCCAGAGGAACUGUCUCAGAUUCUGGAGAUAGAAACAGAAUUGACUGGCAGGCAGGUGAUGAUUCAUGGAUGUUCUUUAAAUGACAAGGAAGGACUAACUCAAAUUUUCCACCAGUUUAACGAGACUCUGAUGAAAAAUUUGGAUGCUGAAAUUGAAAGUCGCAAAGCCUCUCCACAACAUGGCAACAGGUUGUGAUUUCAUCUUUUCUUUUAAAAUUAGAGAUUAGAACCUUUUUUUUUUUUUAUUCUUUUCCCUAUCUUUACUGGCUGGAUGUAUGGAAUAUUUUAAGAUGAAAUCUUUGUACUUUUUUCUGCAUGUAGAAUACUUAUUACGACUGUUGGUGUCAAAUUAACUUCUUUUAUUUAUAAGUGUAAUUUUUGAGAUCAGCAUAUUGAGUGGAUUUUGUGAUCAUGUAGCUAAAGCAAGAGAAAUGUGGAUUCACAAAGAAAUAAAACAAAAAAAAAUUUGUUUCUCUUCCAAUUGAACACAUUUAGUUCCAAGUCUUUAUAAAUUAUUCUUUAAAAAUCAAACUUUUUUUUUAAAAUGUAAAUUUUCUACAUGACCUGCUAAACAUUUUUUUUUUUACAUUAAAAUGUUGAGUCUAGAUUUAUGAGAUAUAAGCAUUGUUACAUUGUUUGCCACUAAUUUCACUAUUAUUGAUGUGGACAACAAUAAUACUAAUAAUUCAAUGUUGAUCUUCUGAAAUAAUUUGACUUGUCCAAGAAGUGAAAAAAAAGAUUCAGCCAAGUUCAGCACUGUGUGUUAGGGCUCUGUAGCCAUCAACUACUUCUUCUAGAUAUAGGGCUACCUUAGCCCUUAACUAUAAUACAAACCAAACUUAUCUCCACCAGGAUUGGCACCCAACCUCUUAACCAACAUGGCUUCCCCUCUGUCCUCACUAAUUACUAACCGUUGUGUGAGCAUUAGUUUGUGUAUUCAUUCUAAAGACAUUAAGAGAUACUUGGCGUCUUCAUUUUGAAUCCUUAUUUGUUAUUAGUUACCAGGUUGGUUUUGUGCUCAUAGUGUUAGUCGUUUCCUUUUGUAUUAAAUAUUUAUGCACAUUUGGUAACACCUAUUUUGUUGUAAUAUUUUCUUUAAAAAAAACCACAUGGUUUAUAGGAGUUUAAAGCUGCCUGAAGCAGAUUUAUUUCAUCUUAUAGGGUCACUGAAAGGUUUUCAUGCAUCAUAACAAUUUUUAUGAUUUAUCAAUGACAAAACUCUUUCUUGGCCAUUCUCUAUAUUUCUAUUUGUCUUGCUGGUCUAAGUUAUUGUUCUUGUGAUAUUUUGUGCAUACUUGAUUUGCAACAAUGAUAUUUUGUACAUUUGUAGAAUGAUGUAAAAUUGUAUUUUAAUUCUAUGCUUAAACAUACUGGUGUAUACAUUGUUAUUAAGAUACUAUUUGUAUUAUUGUUUUGUUUUACAUUCUACACUAUUCUAUCUCAGUGUAUGUAGGUAUUACAUAAAUAGAUUCAUUUAUGAAUAAGAAUGUCAUAAAUUAAGUUUAAAUCUAGUAUGCUGUUUAUAAUUUAUCUUUGUACAUAUUAAUUCUAUAUUUGUUUCGUGAUAGUUUUUUUUGUUCCAUUUCUUUCUCUUGAACAAAAAAAAACUGGUAAAAUAUUUUUAAAAACUUGGUGUAUAAAAGUGUGUAGUCUAGAAGGGUACAUUAAACAUCACUCACUGUCUAUGUUGCUCCAUCAUAACCAUCAUCUACAGUUACACUGAAGUCUGAUUUCAUUUAGUGUUGAACCCCAACAAGACAUUGACAUAGUUAAAGAUGUUGUUAGUUGGAUUAUAAACGAUAAGCUGUCACUUUUUAAGUUAAUUGUUGAUUUUUUUUUAAAUGUCUUCCACUAAUAGCAAGAUGUUCUUUGGUUUUGUUUUCAUACCCAACAUCUAUAGUCAGAAUGGCUUGUUAAUCAAUUCUUGACCGAGAUGCAAUCAAUCAAAUGGUGUUUUUUUUUUUUCUAUUAAUGUGAAGAUUUCCUGUUUCAUAUUUGGUAUUGUCUCUUAGACUUUGAACUAAUUAAACAGUUUUUCCAAUGAGGUAGGUAAGGUAAGGCUCCCCUUUAGACCCGGCGAUCUAUAGGGCAGAUGAUGUAAAUGUCAUCUGUUUUUUGUAGCCCACAGUUAACGAGGGUGUCGUGUGGCUAGCACAACAACCAACCACCUUUACUUUUCCCCAACUAAUGUCAGGUGCCCAAAGAUCCCGAAUUUAAAAUCUUCCAAUGAGGACAAUCAUAGAAAUGUGAUUCAUUUCAAAAGAUGCAAAAGGUAGCAAAACAUUUGUUAAUAUUUACUUUUCAUUAGACGAUGCAUCAAAUAAUCCUUAAUUAGGUAAUAUUAGAAGAGCAAGUAUUUUUGUGUGUGAUGAAGGUCUACCAUGUUCUCAUCAGUUGGAGUAAAUAUAGACUCUUGUGCAUCGACAUCAUUUUUGUUGUUUAUUUAGCUUACAUGUUUUAGCAGUACAAUUACUCUCAAGAACUAAGUGUGGCUUUAAGUGAUACAACCACUUGACUGGUUGGGGCAUACAGGAAGUUGGUAUAGCUUUUGUAGCUGUUUAUAAACUGUUUGUAAUAAUUUCAUACAUAGUGGCUAUGAGCUGGAAUAGUAAAUUACAUUAGCUUUUUUUUUAUUGAAACAGACUAACCAAACCUCAGUAUAUCAAAGGACUGACCCAAUUUUGGGCAAACAUUUUUCAAACUCUUUUCAACAAUAUUCCUGAAUUACUUUAAAGUCAAUGACCUUAAAUUCUGAGGUUAUGUAUUGACCUAAAUGUCAAAUGGCACAUUUGAUUCAUGAAGUUGAUAUCAAUCUAAAUUCUCUUUUCAUUUUCUGCAUCAUGACAUUAGCUUUUCUAUGUGUUGAAAACCAAACUAAGCUGGCACAGUAGUGACGUCAAGUCUCUAUUUCCUUCCUUUGGUUUCAUUACUAUAUCUUUUCAACAUUGAAGAAAAGCGUGCCACACGGAAAAUGGCCAGCUCCUCUACCACCAAAGCAAUAUAUGUGGAUGGGAGUGUCUCACCAAAAUAGGGCUCCACAACCAUAUGAAAAACGUGUUUGAGAUGAACCAUAGUCAUUUCACGACUGAAGGAGGCCAAUUACUGACUGACUAUAUCUUUUUUACAUCAUAAUCGUCAUUCUAUUUUUUCUAUUAUUAAUGUCAGGUAUUUCAAGGUAUAUGUUAAUUUACAGCCCUUUAUCCUGAACUUCAAUGUGAUACAACACUGUUAAGACAAAGGCUGGUUUAAAUAUCUGAAAUAAUCAGUGCAUAUGUUUUGGCUUUUUUUUUUUAUACCAUAAAGAGUGUCCGAAACUUUAAAAAAAAAAUAUCUAACAACUUUGAAGUAAUUGAAACAUAGAUAUAAUGAGCUGUGACUAUAUAUUUUGAAAUAAGCUGUUUUUAUACAAUGCAAUAAUUGUUCAUGAAACAAGUCUUGAGUUUCUCGAAUAUUGUUCUGUUCAAUGAGCUUUUGUUUAAAUUGGCAAGAGGUCUCAAAAGAAAAAAAGAUUAUUGCCCAUUCUUUACAUUUCCUAGUGUGAUAUUUAUAGUAAGAGACGUUCUUGUACUCGAUAACACCUUAGCAAUAAGCAGAAAGGCUAUUUAGAACAUUUGGAUCAAUUCAUCAGUAAUAAUAUCUUUCUUUUUUUUUUUUUUUAAGGAUAGUUCUGUGAUUUUAAUUUAAAGUUGUAUAUCAUUCUUGUAGCAAUGAGCGCAGAGACAAUAUAUUUGAGAAUUCCAAGCUCCUAUUUUAAGUCUUAAUGUCCAUGUGUAUGUGUAUAUACUUGUAUUCUCUGGAUGACCUUUGUAUUCUAUGCAGGCAGCAGUGGUUUAUUUCUUCACAUUGCAAUGUAUGAUUUGUGUGUUGAUUCGAGGAAAGCCAUUGAAAGAUCAAAAUGUUUUUUUUUUUAACCUUUGUUUAAUAGAAUGUUAUUUUUUCAUCUAUUUUUAUUUUAUUAAUUAUAAUGAAUGACAACUAUAACAUUUUUUUGUUGGUUGGGGGUGGGGUGGGGGGUUGACCCUGUUAGUUUAUUUGAAAUGUCUGUCCUUAUGAUUGUCACUGCCAUUUGAAGUCUUCACGAAAGAAAUAUUUCAACAUUGCUAAUUUGUUUCUUCACUUAUUUUCUGAUUGAUCAUCCCGUGAUCUGAUAAUAUUUAUCUCACUCAUAGAUUUAGAUUAAAAUUUUAUGGCACAUCGGCACAAUUUAGGCCAUGUCGUACCCUAUCUCAGUCAUAGAGAUUUAAAACUGUUGAAUAUCUUAUAUUGCAAUUUUAUUUUCUAAAUAGCUUUAAUUGACAUCGCAUCUCCUCAAUUAUUUGUUCAUUUGUAAUUAUUGUAAUUAUUUUGUACAAAUCUGAACACAAUUUAUAAUUUUUUUGAUUCUUUUUGUUCACUGAAUGCUUUUUAAGUAUAUGCUGCUAAUAAAUCUUUUUUAUUUACAAAGAAAUAGUUUUUAUACAGACCUUCAUUUUUUUCCGCUAAUAUUUGUUUCUGAAUUGUUAGUACACAUUUUGUACACAACACUUCUUCAUAUCGGCUGUUUUGCUUACUAUUGUACACGUGCAAUUGACACAAUAUUUCUAGCAUUCAUCUCAUAUGAAUCUCAUUGUUAGCAUUGAACAAGUAAAAGUAUAUUGUAUCAGACAAGAUUAGCCAUUACAAACAAAUUUAGAUGCAGAACAAAUUUAAAGUGUAAUAAUUUUUUUUUAUCUGUUAAUGAUUGGAUUACACUGUAUAGUCUUUGAACUAGUCCAGUAUUGUAACAGAAGAAUAUUGUAUAUGUUGAAACUAUAACCUGAAUAAUUUUCCUUUUUCUCACAACGUAAUAUACAUGUAGCUAUAGAAUAUCAUCAAUAAAAUCGGUAAAUUUGUAAUACAUUUGAAGUGUGUAAAUCCUAUCUAAAAAAAAUAUAUUUAUUGAAGAUUUGACUGCUGGCUGCCAACUAAAAACAUGAACAUGUUAUGACUUUUAAUAUUAUCACUUCUUGGCAUAGUUUGGUCUCUUUAUACCAUAUUUACCAUAUUACUUGCUUAUGUAACUUUAAAUUUUACUCUCCAAAAAAUUAUUUAGAUUUCCUCUUUAUAGCCAUACAUUGAAAUGUCUUGGAUGUGUUUUCCUAGUUUGAAAUAAAGUGAAAUUAUCUCCCUUAAUUUCAUAACUAAGCCAGGGUACCUGUCAUCUGGUUAAUGAAAUGAUUAAAAUGUAUGGAUUUAAAAACUACUCAUUAAAUAUUUGCUGUCAACUCGUGCUUUUUUUUUUUAAACUUGGGGCAUGUUGGCAACUAUUUUAGGCAAACAUUGAUCAUUACGUCAAAACCGAACAAGCUUUUUGUUUCUAUGUAUCAAGUAUACUAUGUUUAUAUUUAUGUUCAUCUACAAUGAUUUACACAAUAUAUUUUUUUGUUAACCCUUUUUACUAUUUAUAUUUUAACUGUUCUAAAAAGAUGAUGUAGUCCAGUUGCAGGACAGCUGGUUACACUAUAUUGUUUUAAUGGCUUAAUAGGCCACCAUGUUUCAAUUCAAUCAUUUUUUGUUUCGUAUUAUUUUUUGAAGUUAAAUGAAGGAACAUGUUAUUGAAAUACAGAUAACUUUUUAUUUUACCAAAUAUUAAAAAAAACAAAAAACGUUAUUAUACAUACUUUCUUCAAGGAAGAAAGUUUAGAAGACUAUUAGGAGGGUGGUCAUGAUAUACCCAUUGUUGGGUGAUGUCUCUCUCAGUACAAAUGCUCAAAUAUCAUCAUGCUGAAAUGUUUCCCUUUUGUUGAAAACUUUUUUGUUUUGUUUUUCUUUCCUUAAAAGUAAAGGGUAAUUAUUGACUCGGUUCAAUGGCACAAAUUCUAAAAGAAGAAACUAGAAUUAGUCAUUAGUCUGACUGGUCAGCUGUUUUGGUGUUGGAUAUUUUUGUUUUGCUCAAAACGUGUGAAAACUGCCUUCCAUUACUCAACAAGUGAACAUGUUUCCCCCCCCCCUCCCCCCACAAAAGCCUUACUCCCCACCCCUUUGACUGUUCACUGUCCCUUUUUAAUUGGAUCUAUACCAUGAACUAGUUUGCUCAUUUCUAAAAGCAUAAUAAAUCGUAUCUCUUGAGUAAACUUUCUGAUUAAAUUUUCUAAUGAAACAUUUCACAAAACUUGGUUAUAUUUACUAAAUGUGUAGUCUUUUGUUUUCUUCCUUAUGUGGAAUUAACAGAUGAUUAACACAGAAUUAGUUAACUAUACAUUUGGUUUUGUAUAGAACCUAUUAAAAUUCUAGACUCUAUUAAAGCCCAGAGAUUAACACCCAAUGUAGUGCCUUAAACAUUCUCGGAUUUAUUGAGUUCACUUUGGUUACUGACAUGUAAUAAUGUGAGCUUUUCAAUUUUGAUUUUUCGUUUUGUCACUUUAAUAGCAGAACUGUUGUAUUAGAGCCACUUGAAGUCUCAUUUCUUGAUGUCAAUCAGAAGAUACUAAAUUGAAGCAUGCCAAUUGUGAUUUGUGUGUGUUUAGGAUGAUCAUGUUUGUGUGGACCUUUUUGUUUUCUUUUCACAUUUUUCCUGCUGUUUUUUUUUUUAUAAAUUCUUAAAAUUAUCCAUUCAAAAUAUAAAUUUACAUUUAAAAAAAAACAUUGGACA